UGGGUCAUCAGGCAUUGGAUCGUCUGGCUCGACAGCGGGCAUCGGGUCACCAGGCAUGAUAGCGGGCACUGGGUCAUCAGGCAUUGGAUUGUCUGGCUCGACAGCGGGCAUCGGGUCACCAGGUAUGACAGCGGGCAACGGGUCAUCAGGCAUGAUAGGAUCAUCAGGCUGGAUCAGUUCAUCAGGCUGGGUACAGACAUCAGGCUGGGUAGAGACAUCAGGCUGAAGUGCAGGUGCCGAGGCACCAGGCUGAACCACGGAAGGCAGGUUCUCAGACGGCAGGCUCACCGGUUUGGAUACUGGCAGGAUGGUACUGGUUGGAAAGAAUUUUCACUUUUUUUCUGGUUUUAA